AUGCUCAUAAGGAUAAUCAUGGGCCAGCCUCACGCGCUUCUAGUCGCUAGCCCUGGCAUAGGCCACCUCAUCCCCAUCCUCGAACUCGGCAACCGUAUCUCCUCCGUCCUCAACGUCCACGUCACCAUUCUCGCCGUCACCGCCGGCUCCUUUUCCCCAACAGAAACCAGAGCCAUUGAAGCAGCCGUGGAUAGAGGGACAUGUGAAAUCACGGAAUUACCCUCGGUUGAUGUAGACCACCUCGUGGAGCCAGAUGCGACGGUGAUCACUAAAAUCGUAGAGAUGAUGCGAGCCACGAAGCCUGCGAUUCGAGACGCCGUGAAAUCAAUGAAUCGAAAACCUACGGUCAUGAUCGUUGACUUUUUUGGUACAGGGUUGAUGAACGUUGCUGAGGAUGUCGGCGUGAGGGCUAAGUACGUGUAUGUUCCUUCGCACGCAUGGUUCUUGGCAGUUAUGGUCUACUUACCGGUAUUGGAUAAAGUUGUGGAAGGGGAAUACAUUGACAUCAAAGAGCCUAUGCAAAUACCGGGUUGUAGACCGGUCGGACCGGAGGAGCUUAUGGAAACAAUGUUAGACCGGUCGGACAGAAAGUACCGGGACUGUGUACAACGUGGGGAGGAUAUACCUAUGAGCGAUGGCGUGUUGGUCAAUACAUGGGAGGAGUUGCAAGAAAACACUCUAGCCGCGCUUAGGGAGGUUGGAGAAUUGCGCCGGAGUGGUGGAACGUUGUCGAUAGAGCAAACAAAGGAACUCGCAAAUGGUUUAGAGUUAAGUGGUCAAAAGUUCCUAUGGGUUCUACGCCGGCCCAUUUCUUACCUCGGGGCGAGCUCGAGCGAUGGUGAUAUUAUAAGUGCCGGUUUACCAGAAGGUUUCUUGAACCGCACGCGUGGUGUGGGUCUUGUGGUCACACAAUGGGCACCACAAGUUGAGAUCUUGGGCCAUAGAUCGAUCGGUGGGUUCUUGUCUCAUUGCGGUUGGAGCUCAGUGUUAGAGAGUUUGACUAAAGGAGUUCCAAUCGUGGCUUGGCCUCUUUAUGCGGAGCAAUGGAUGAAUGCCACGUUGCUGACUGAGGAGAUGGGUGUGGCCAUUCGUACGUCGGAGUUACCGUCAAAGAGAGUGAUCGGCCGGGAAGAAGUUGCGUCUUUGGUGAGAAAGAUUGUAGCAGAAGAGGAUGAAGAAGGACAGAAGAUAAGGGAUAAAGCUGAGGAAGCGAGGGUUAGCUCAGAACGAGCUUGGGCUCAAGGUGGGUCGUCUCAUAGCUCUCUCUUCGAAUGGGCAAAAGGAUGUGGUCUUAUCAUGGACCAGCCUCACGCGCUCCUAGUCGCUAGCCCUGGCUUAGGCCACCUCAUUCCAAUCCUCGAACUCGGCAACCGUCUCUCAUCCGUCCUCAACGUCCAAGUCACUAUUCUCGCCGUCACGGCCGGCUCCUCUUCCCCAAUAGAAACCACAGCGAUACAAGCAGCUGUGGCUAAAGACCACCUCGUUGAGCCAGAUGCGAAGGUAGUCACUAAAAUUGUAGUGAAGAUGCGAGCCAUGAAGCCUGCGUUACGAGACGCCGUAAAAUCAAUGAACCGAAAACCGACGGUCAUGAUCGUUGACUUCUUUGGUACCGGGUUGAUGUCCGUUGCCGAGGAUGUCGGCGUGAGGGAUAAGUACGUGUACAUCCCUUCGCAGGCAUGGUUCUUAGCACUGAUGGUGUACUUGCCGGUAUUGGAUAAGGUUGUGGAAGGGGAAUACGUUGAUAUCAAAGAGCCUAUGAAAAUACCAGGUUGUAGACCGGUUGGACCGGACGAGCUUAUGGAUCCAAUGCUAGACCGAUCGAACCGACAGUACCGGGAGUGUGUACAGUGUGGGGAGGAGAUAUCUAUGAGCGAUGGCGUGUUGGUCAAUACAUGGGAGGAGUUACAAGGAAACACUCUAGCCGCUCUUAGAAAGGCUGAAGAAUUGGGCCGUGUUAUUAGAGUACCCGUUUAUCCUAUUGGGCCUAUUGUUAGGACUAGAAGUGGUGGAACGUUGUCGUUAGAGCAAACAAUGGAACUCGCUUGUGGUUUAGAGUUAAGUGGUCAAAAGUUCUUAUGGGUUCUACGCAGGCCUAAUUCUUACCUCGGGUCGAGCUCGAGCGAUGAUGAUCUGGUAAGUACCUGUUUACCUGAAGGUUUCUUGGACCGCACGCGUGGUGUGGGUCUAGUGGUCACGCAAUGGGCACCACAAGUUGAGAUCUUGAGCCAUGGAUCGAUCGGUGGGUUCUUGUCUCAUUGCGGCUGGAGCUCAGCGUUAGAGAGUUUGACUAAAGGAGUUCCGAUCGUGGCUUGGCCUCUUUAUGCGGAGCAAUGGAUGAAUGCCACGUUGCUGACUGAGGAGAUCGGUGUGGCCAUUCGUACGUCAGAGUUACCGGCAAAGAGAGUGAUCGGCCGGGAAGAAGUUGCGUCUUUGGUGAGAAAAAUUGUAGCAGAAGAGGAUGAGGAAGGACAGAAGAUAAGGGAUAAAGCUGAGCAAGUGAGGGUUAGCUCAGAACGAGCUUGGGCUCAAGGUGGGUCGUCUCAUAGCUCUCUCUUCGAAUGGGCAAAAGGAUGUAGUCUUGUGUCGUGUGCUCCGUUAGAUUGA